AUGGAAUCAGAGGAUGUUGAGAUGAUCGAAGACCAUGUUUCUGAAGAGGAAAUUCUCUCUGGUGACAAAGACUUUGAUGAUAGAAGGGACUACAGAACUAUAAUAAAGGAAAAAUUUUAUAUUAUAUGGGAUAAGAGCUCUUUGCUUGGAGAAUCGGCAACUUUGAAUCAUGUAAUCACUGAGAAAGACCAAAAGCUGUUGGACCGUAUCUUUGAAGUGGAUAUUAAAACCUACAAGAUACCACAAACCGUAAUCCUUCAGGGAGCUGCUGGAAUUGGGAAGACAAUGUUGUUGAGAAAGGCAAUGUUAGAAUGGGCAAAUGGCAAUCUCUACCAGCAAUUUACCUAUGCUUUUUAUCUCAGUGGGAGAGAAAUUAGCCAAGUGAAAGAGAAAAGCUUUGCUCAGUUAAUAUCCAAGAAUUGGCCUCGCUCUGAAGGCCCCAUUGAACGGAUCCUGUCCAAGCCCAGCAAUCUCCUUUUUAUAAUCGAUAGUUUUGAUGAGCUGGACUUCUCCUUUGAAGAGCCAGAGUUUGCACUAUGUAAUGAUUGGACCCAGAAGCAGCCAGUGUCCUUUCUUAUUAGCAGUUUGCUGAGGAAAGUGAUGCUUCCUGAGUCAUUCUUAUUGGUAACAGCAAGACCCACAGCUUGGAAGAGACUGAAGCCCUUGUUACAUAAACCUCAUGGUGUAAAGCUGCCAGGACUGUCUAAGAAUGCAAGGAUGGACUACAUUCACCAUUUGUUGAAAGAUAAGACAUGGGCUAUGGAUGGGAUCUGUUCAAUUAGAAAGAAUGAGAGGCUUUUCAACAUGUGCCAUGUCAGCCAUGUGUGCAAGGUGAUUUGUACUUGUCUGAAGGAGCAAGUGAAGAAAGGUGGCAAUAUUGCUGUGAUCUGCCAAACCACAACAGCUCUGUUCACAUGCUAUAUCUGCAGCUUAUUUUCACAGAUAGAUUGGAGUAUUACUACUCUGCCCAAUGAAACACUAGUGAGGAGCCUGUGCCAGGCAGCUGCUGAAGGCAUUUGGACUAUGAAUCAUAUACUCUACAAGAAAAACCUCAGAAAGCAUGAGUUAACUAGAGAUGACAUCUCAGUUUUCCUGCAUGUGAAGGUUCUUCAGAAGGACACGGAGUAUGGAAACUGCUUUGCAUUUACUCACCUCCAUAUCCAGGAGUUUUUUGCAGCUUUGUUCUACUUCUUAAGAGAGAAUCCAGAAGAAAAAGACUAUCCCAUCAAACGGUUUGAAAACUUGCAUCUGUUACUUGAAAGCAACUGUUUUCAUGACCCUCAUUUGGAACAGAUGAAAUGCUUUUUGUUCGGUCUACUGAAUAAAGAACGAGUACGACAACUGGAGGAAACCUUUGGAUCUGUCUGCUUCCUGAAUAACUGUCAGGAUUUUAGUUUUUUGACUACCUGCCAUACCCUGACACAUCUUGACCUGAAAAAUGUUGACUUAGAAGACAAUGGGUUAGAGAGCUUAUGCCAAAACUUGAUAUCCCAACGAUGUAAAUUACGGGUGCUGAGGCUGGAAUCCUGUGACCUGAAUGUAUACCGUUGUCUAAAACUAGCAGAGGCUCUCAAGAGCAACAAGAGCCUGGUAUUUCUGAAUCUGUCCACCAACAAUCUGUCAAACGACGGAGUGAAGUCAUUGUGUCAGACUUUAGAAAACCCCAACUGUCACCUAGAGAGACUGUCCUUAGCAAGCUGUGGCAUCACAAAAGCUGUGUGUGAGGCUCUUUCCUUGGCUAUCACCAAAAGCAAGAGACUGACACACUUAUGUUUGGCAGACAACAUCUUGGAAGAUGAAGGGAUAGAGCUUCUCAGUGAUGCCUUGAGAUAUCCACAGUGUACUCUCCAGAGCCUUGUGUUGAGGUGUUGCUGUGUGACUUCGGUUGGUAGUAAGUUUCUCUCCGAUGCUCUUCUGAACAACAGGAGUUUGAUACAUCUGGACCUGGGAUCAAACAAGCUUCAGGACAGUGGGAUCAAGCUUUUGUGUCACAUCCUUCAGCAGCCAACCUGCACUAUUCAGGAGUUGGAGCUGAUGGGCUGUAUUCUCACCAGUGACGGUUGUCUGGAUCUGGCUCCUGUUAUUGUGAAUAACCCAAACCUGUGGAGCCUAGACCUUGGGAACAACAACUUAGAGGAUGCUGGCCUGCAUAUUUUGUGUGAAGCUUUAAAAGAUCCAAACUGCCACAUUCAGAGGCUAGGACUGGAAAACUGUGGAUUAACCCCCGUUUGCUGUCAGGAUCUCUUAAGUCUUUUUUCUGGCAACCAAAGUUUGAUACAAAUGAACUUAAUGAAGAAUGCUCUCAAUUAUGACACAAUUAAGAAUUUAUGUACAGUCUUGAGGUCUCCAACAUGCAAAAUAAAAUUUUUAGCGUUGGACAACAAGGAAAUUCUUGGAGAGAAAAUCAAGAAAUUUGUGAAUGAUGUAAGAACUAACAACCCACAAUUGGUGAUUAAGCCACACUAUUACAACACAGAAAGUGAGCGCUGGUGGAAGUAUUUCUGAAGAACCUGAUGUGCCUUUAAAAAUUAAAAAACAUCUUCAAUGGCAUGGUCUUUAACAUAUAUGAAAUACUUGCCUAUAUCCAGAGAUACUGAAUUGCAUUUCCAGUAGGGAUAGGUUACACACUUCUCUGUAAAAUGUUUGUUGUAUUUCACACGGGUGUUGAGAAAAUAAAGCAAAACCCACAAAA